AUGGACGUUUCUGCACAACUUGAAACGCAGUCUUCGAAAUAUAAACCAAUAACGGUCGAAAAACCAAUAUCCUUAGAAUUCGAUCUCGGCUUACUUGCCGGCUAUGAUACAAAUACAUUGGACGAUCAAAAAUUAAAAUCAAAGAAUAUAGAUGAAUAUUUAAAAGAAUACACGCGUGAUGGUGCACAAUUAUUAAUAAAUGAACUUUUCAAGUUACCGGUAUCGGUGGAAGAUGCUGGCGUUUUUGCUCAAUUACCAGAUGUGACAACUGUAUUGCCAAGAGAAAAACCUAUCCCAAAAGCGAAACCACUCACCAGAUGGGAGAAAUUCGCAAAAGUUAAAGGUAUUCAAAAACGGAAAAAGGACAAGCUGAUAUAUGAUGAUGAGAAAGGCGAGUGGGUACCACGAUGGGGAUAUAAAGGUUCCAAUGAUGACGGCGCGAAUGAUUGGUUGAUACCUGUUUCUAAUAAUGACGAUCCAUAUGAAGAUUUAUUUGCUAAAAGACGCGAAGGCAAAAAACAACGGAUUGAAAAGAACAAUUCACGGCAUCAACGAAAUCUCGAAGAAGCUGCAACACAGCAAAAUAAAAACACCACUACUAAUCCUAGAAUUGUCGCCACGCCAAAUCAAAGAUCGGUAAGGAAAGCAGAAUUGAAUAAACAGGUUGCUAUUUCAAAGCUUGCAACGGCAAGUAUUGGAAAAUUCGAUAAACCAUUAGAAGGAGAACCAAAAAUGAAGGGCGUAAAGAGAAAGUUUGAACCAACAAUUGCUGAUUUCAAAAAAGAAAAAGAAUCGAAUUUGAGUAUAUUGAAAAGAGUCGUUGGACAAGGUAGUAAAAGUGAUGGUGGUAUAUUAAACGCUAUUGCAAACACGAAAAAUAAUAAAUGA